UUCGUUGAAAGCGCGCGCUGAGGGAGACAGGAACGUAUUCCUGCUCGCGGAUGUAACAGACUUCAUUGCACAACCAACGGCUUUACAAUUUGUAGUUUGGCGAAACAUAUAUGCUCUCUCGUUCAUUGACACGUAAUAACAAGUUGAUAUUCCUACAGGUACCAUCCAGCAUUCUCCUCGCCGUGUUCAGAAGGUUUCGCGCGAGGAAGGAUUUCUUUAGUUCUGUUUACUGAAGAAAUAUGUCACAUAACAUGGAAAUCUGAAUGAUUUUUUUCCCACCGCAAUGGAACACUCGUUAUUUAGUGAAUGAUGAAGGUUUCUAACAGAGCGCAUGGUUUUGUAAUUGGGCUCUAAAUGGCCCGUUUUUAACCGUUGUUUUUCUGCAAGUAACGCACAUAAAAGGAAGAGCGUGUCAAGGAGACACGAAAAGAUUCUGGCGGCAUCGGCGUCAUACAAUUCUGUCGCUUCUUUUCAUUUGAUCAAGCAGCUGCAGAAACAUUGGACUCUCCGAGGUUAUCUGCUGCUGCACCGCCUCGAUAACUUGAAAAAAAAAAACCGACAACAAGGAUUAGUAUUUAAAAGGCGCACUCAAUUACGCCACAAAUGGGUUUCUUAACAAAUGUGGAAGUUUUCGCUUUCGCGAUGUCUUUAUUCCUGAUGACUCUUGCCGCUUUGGUAAUGAAUUUCCUGGUUUGUUUAGUGGUUUAUAGAAGCAAGGAACUCCGGCGACACAUCUCCAGUGUGUUUAUCGUGAAUCUCGCAAUUUGCGAUUUCUUCAUGGCUGUUUUCGCCAUGCCGUAUUCUUUUGGAGCAGUUGUGGCCAAUAAAUGGCCCUUUGGUAACUUCUGGUGUCAAACCAGUGCGUUUUGGAAUAUGGUGUUAGGGCUCGCAGCCGUAUUAACACUCGCCACAAUAUCCGCGGACCGCUAUAUUGCAGUUUGCAAGCCUCUGCAAUACAGAGCCAAAAUGACCAUUCAAUGUGCGUUAGCUAUGAUAUCUUUCGUUUGGCUGCAAUCCAUAAUAUUCUCUCUCAUACCAGUAGGGUAUGGUUGGUACGAAUUCAAUACUCGAUAUUUCUUCUGUACGUUUCCAUCCGACCUUCAGGACAUUAACUUCCUGGUGUUCACAGCAGCUACUUAUGCAGCGAAUGCUGGUGUUUCGCUCUUUGUUAUGUUGGUGACUUACUACAAAAUUUUCAACGUGGCAAAGCUGCACUCUCGCAGGAUCGGACAUGCUGUUAUUACCGCAAUACAUCUCGCGCCUGUUCGCGGACCCAUAUCCACUGAGUCAAGUCGUCAGCGAGAAUUCAAAGCAGCGAGGAAAAUUCUGUUUGUUAUUGGUGCGUUUUUGUGCUGUUUGGCACCAUAUACAACGCUUCGCAUCCUUGAGCUCAGAGACAACAGCCUGUCGCUAAGUCAUACUGUUACAAUUUCUUUAAGGUGGAUUGCCUUUCUAAAGAGUGCCAUAGAUCCCUUUAUUUAUGGUCUUCUUCAAAGGCGAUUUCGGCGCGCUUUGUUGGAAUUAUUUCUUGGAACACAAAGAGCUCGUCUAGCGAGAGGUUCUCUGCCUUGUGGUCAUGUUAGACUGAAUGUGAGAGCUAAGAGACAGUCAUCGCAAAGCGAGACGGGGACAUUUGUAACGGUUGCAACGAAAAGAAGCUCCAUUGAGUGAAAAGAUGUGGAUAUUAUCAAGAUGGUGUACAAUAUUAGGAUCACUUAUUUUUGACAUAAGUGCAAAUUUGUUGGUUUUAUUGUGGUUCGCUCCA